CGUUAGGAGUCAGAAUUGACUCUGCAGCGACGCGUUUGUUUUUUUUUUUUUUUAUUAAUUAUAUAAGGAAGCAGGAAGCUUUCCCUUUGGUGCCUGAGAGAUUUGUACACCUCAGGACAAUGUGUCUAGUAAGAUUCAGAAUAAGUUAAAGGCACAUGUUUCCUUUGUAAAGUGAGAGAAAAAGACUAUUGUUAACACAGGCACUUUCUGAGGUGAAUGAGUUUUAGGAAAGCAAGUACUCAUGCAAAUUGAAGAUCUGGAAAUUGGUUCCCUUAAAACCAUUCUUGCUUGUGAACCCUUGGAAAGUCUUCUAGUAUGUGUACCUACUUUGAAGACCAGCUUAGGAAAGAUAACAGUUGCUCAAAAAUCUGAAUGCUUGAAUUUAAAAAAGCUAAUCACAGGGAUUUGUUCUCUUGAGACUAGUUUUAUUUAUUCCCAGUGUAGCUGUAUCUAGGGAACAGUGAAGAUACCAUUUAUUAAGCAGCUCCAAGGGUGUGGUCUCCUGGGAAGUUUUGCCUGAAGGUACUUUAUCAGUAGUUUAAACCGAAUGCUCUUUUAUAAAUGUCGGGGCCCUGUUAAUAACAGAGCUGCGCAUCGUGUCCGAUUCUGUCUAUGAAGUGUUUCUUGUCUCUUGAUUUACUAGAUUCAUACCUUGGAAGCUUUGGUUAAGACAAAAUAAGUUAGGAUAUAGCAUCCCCUCUCCAUUUGGUGUUGGUGGUGGGAGGUACUCUGUGUACAUUUCUCGUAGUUUUCAAGGCUGGGCUCUGGGAGACCAGGUCAUAUUCUACCACCUCAUAUAUGUGACCUUACGGCUCUGGCUGUUAAGGAGGGUGUGAAUGAGGUACGUCAAGAAGCUCUCAUAACCAUUCAUGUAUCCUAGAGUAGAUUACUUAGCUGUCAGCCCUUUUCAGGUCGUAAUUCCCCAUUUCUUGCAUUCUAUACGUACCUACAUAACCAGAGUAGGGCACUUAAAUAUGGAUUGAUUGUUAUUUUUGAGCUCAUACUGUUCCUCUGUGGAUUAACUAAAAUGUCAUAUUCUUGUGUCAUUAAUAUUCCCAAGCUUUUAACAAGUUUAACAAGCCUAGGUAGACUACAUUCAAAGCGUAUUAUGAGUCACAGUUUGGAGAGGGCUUUAAUCUUGAUACUUUCAUUUCCAGUGCUUCUCAAAAAGGAUUGUACCUUUCUCAGGAAAGGAAAAGUUUAGUGUUUUUUUUUACAUUCUGUUAAUAUAGUACAUUGACAACCACAAUAUAAUCUAAAAUGAUAUUACACUAAAGAACAAUAAUAUUACUCUAUUUCAUCUUGGUCGUAGGUUUGUUCCAGUAGCUCUAUAGAUUUGUUUUUUAUCAUUGUAUAGCCAUCUCAUUUGCUUCCACUUAAACACUGGAUAUUUUUCCAGUAAUAAGUAAAACAAAUCAGUUUUGAGUCAGUAAAUCUGGAGAAGAAGGAAAACACUUAUUUUAUUUUACAUAAAGGUUUGUCCUGGACUUUGGCCCCUUUGAUUAGUUACAGUCAACAACUUGUAUAUUCGAUCAGUCCGGAAAAGAGUGAAUUCUCCUCUUAUUUUAUCCUGUCUAUUGGCCUCUGAAAGUACUUCAUUUUUAAUAAGUCCUUAAUUGAAGAAGAAUUUCUUGUCUAUAAAACCUUUUUACUGUUAACCUAUAGUUACUCAUAUAUUUCUUAGUCUGUUUAACCUAAGGUCUAAUUUUAGCCAAAUUUUCAUCUUAACUAGGCUUUUGUUAGAGGAACGUGCCACUCUGAAUUUGGGCUUUUGAGGUAUCGAGUUUGUUUCUUGUGUUGCCUGAACUUAGUUUACACUGAUUUUUACUUUCUAAGAUGAAUUUGUCAUAACAACUCUUUUAUCUGUAUAGAAGAUGUUUCAGCAAAGCUGCCAGGUUUUUCCAUAACAUCUUUAGUCAUAGUAGGAAGACCAAAACUUCAUUCAUUUAUACUUUAACCUUUGCUCUCUUUUAAGCUCAAAUUUUAUACUUUUAUAGCUUUUUUCUUACUAUAGGGCUAUAGGGAUAAGUUAUGUUUAUCCAUGCUAAUCAGAAAGAUCACCUGAAAAAAAGAACAAUGAAGAGAACAUCAGAUGAUUUACGUGCUUUUGGUGAGGCAGGGUUUCUUUGUCCUUCCAAUCUUAUGAAAUGGUCCUGAAAAUCCCCACUAUAUUCCUGUGUUUUUUUAUUUCGUUUUUGAAGUGUUCAUUUUUUAUUAAGAUCGCUUUGAUUUUUCUUUUUAAAAAACCUUGUGGGUGUUAAUUUUUUUUAAUCCUGAUUUUAAAUAAUAAAAAAUACCCAUUCAACUUUUUGUUUAAGGGAAAUAUACAAUUACCAGUUGUACUUUCUCCACAGAAUCUGCCCACUGUUGGUGUAUCCCACACAGAGGGCCAGUCUCACUGACCUACUUCAGACUCACCUAUAGGCAGCAGGCUACAGCUGAGAUGACUGGUCAGCUCAGAAAAUUCACUUUUCUGUCUUUGUCGUAUUUGUAGGGUUAUAGGUAACAAACCUCUUUUUUUUUUUUUUUUUGAGCAUCUACUCGGGCAGAGAACUACGCUGAAUACAGUUCUUUUCUUUAACUGUCAUUCUUUUUCCAUUGUGGGAACUGAGUUACCAUCAAGGUGACAUUAGCAGAAGGAAGGUGCCAGUUAUCUGUAUGUGCAUUGUAUGCUGUAUAAAUUCCAUUCGGUAGAAAUGACCACUGCCCGUGAAGAAUGCACAGUCCUAAAGGAAACAUAUUGCCAGGGUCCUAAGAUCGAAGAAGGUAAACCUUUAGAGAGCUCAGUAAAGUUUUCAGAGACUGUCAUUGCAGUUUCCUAAAUUUUAUCAGUGUAAUACUUGGUGCUUUUUUCACACUUAUGCCAGUUAAUUCGCAUUAAAACUGCUUAUACUAAACUGCUUUGCACCGAUUUUCUAACAGUUGCAGUUUUGAUAGUAAAUUUGCUAGUAUUAAUAUGCAUGCUGGGAUGUUCUUUGGAAUGUCAGAGUUCUUUCUCACUUUUAAUGCAAUGUCGAAAUUUUAUUUCUUGUCUUUCCUGUUGGUUUGACUCUUGUGUUUGUGCUUUCCACUUUACAGGCAUGCAGCAUGGUGAAUAUGUUAAUAAUCAAGCUAGCUCCGCACCAUCUCCCUUGUCAUCAGCUUCCGAUGAUGAGGAAGAGGAGGAUGAGGAUGAGGAAGCAGGUGUUGACAGCUCCUCUACCACAAGCAGCGCUUCUCCGAUGCCCAACAGCUAUGAUGCCCUAGAAGGAGGCAGCUAUCCAGAUAUGCUUUCUUCAUCAGCCAGCAGUCCCGCUCCCGAUCCUGCCCCCGAACCUGAUCCUGUUCCAACUCUGGCUUCUGCUGUUCCUCAGCCUACAAAAAUGGCUAAGCCUUUUGGCUAUGGUUAUCCAACUCUUCAGCCUGGUUAUCAGAAUGCGACGGCACCGCUUAAUUCUGGAGUACAGUCCAGUAGCCCAGUGUAUUCUGGGUUCCAGCAUUAUGCUCAACAGUAUCCCGGAAUGAACCAGCUGUCCUCCAGUCUAGGAGGGUUGAGUCUUCAGAGUUCUCCACAGCCAGACAGCUUGAGACCUGUAAACCUCACUCAGGAGAGGAAUAUUUUACCCAUGACUCCUAUUUGGGCUCCUGUACCUAAUUUGAAUGUAGACCUCAGAAAACUAAAUUGUAGCCCAGAUUCAUUUCGGUGUACUUUGACAAAUAUUCCACAGACACAGGCUUUACUGAACAAAGCUAAACUUCCUUUAGGAUUGUUGUUACAUCCCUUCAGAGACUUAACGCAAUUACCAGUGAUAACAUCAAAUACCAUUGUGAGGUGCCGGUCUUGUCGAACAUAUAUCAACCCUUUUGUAUCCUUCAUUGAUCAGCGUAGAUGGAAAUGCAAUUUGUGCUAUAGAGUUAAUGAUGUUCCUGAAGAAUUUAUGUAUAAUCCGCUUACUCGAUCAUAUGGUGAGCCUCAUAAACGACCAGAAGUUCAGAAUUCAACUGUGGAGUUCAUUGCUUCUUCAGAUUACAUGCUCCGUCCUCCUCAGCCUGCAGUGUACUUGUUUGUUUUAGACGUGUCUCAUAAUGCAGUGGAAGCUGGAUAUUUGACAGUUUUGUGCCAGUCACUGUUAGAAAAUCUAGACAAGCUUCCUGGAGAUUCAAGAACAAGAAUAGGAUUCAUGACCUUUGAUAGCACUAUUCAUUUCUACAACUUACAGGAAGGAUUAUCACAGCCUCAGAUGUUGAUUGUGUCUGAUAUAGAUGAUGUUUUCUUGCCUACACCACCAGAUAGCUUACUUGUGAAUCUAUAUGAAAGCAAAGAGCUUAUAAAAGACUUAUUGAAUGCAUUACCAAAUAUGUUCACCAAUACAAGAGAAACACACAGUGCCCUUGGUCCUGCGCUUCAGGCUGCCUUUAAAUUAAUGUCUCCAACAGGUGGCCGUGUGUCUGUAUUUCAGACACAGUUACCUUCCAUUGGUGCAGGACUUCUGCAGUCCAGAGAAGACCCUAAUCAGAGAUCGAGUACAAAGGUUGUACAACACCUUGGCCCUGCAACUGAUUUUUAUAAGAAACUCGCUUUAGAUUGCUCAGGGCAGCAGACUGCAGUGGAUCUGUUCCUUUUAAGUUCACAGUAUUCUGAUCUGGCUUCUCUAGCUUGUAUAUCCAAGUAUUCUGCAGGGUGCAUCUAUUAUUAUCCAUCUUUCCACUAUACUCACAAUCCUUCACAAGCAGAGAAGUUGCACAAAGACCUAAAACGUUAUCUCACAAGAAAAAUUGGAUUUGAAGCUGUUAUGAGGAUACGGUGUACUAAAGGUCUUUCCAUGCACACUUUUCAUGGAAACUUCUUUGUUCGUUCCACUGAUUUGUUGUCCCUGGCCAACAUCAAUCCUGAUGCUGGAUUUGCAGUACAGCUAUCAAUUGAAGAAAAUUUGACAGAUACUUCUUUAGUGUGCUUUCAGACAGCCCUAUUGUAUACAUCAAGCAAAGGUGAGCGGAGGAUUAGAGUACAUACACUUUGUUUGCCAGUGGUAAGUUCACUAGCAGAUGUAUAUGCAGGAGUGGAUGUACAAGCUGCCAUCUGCCUGCUAGCAAAUAUGGCUGUGGAUCGAUCAGUUUCGUCAAGUCUAUCAGAUGCAAGAGAUGCCUUAGUGAAUGCUGUCGUGGAUUCAUUAUCUGCGUAUGGCUCAACGGUCUCAAAUUUACAGCACUCGGCGUUGAUAGCACCCAGCUCCCUCAAGUUGUUUCCUCUCUAUGUUUUGGCCCUUCUCAAACAGAAAGCAUUUAGGACUGGUACAAGCACACGCCUGGAUGAUCGUGUGUAUGCCAUGUGCCAGAUAAAGUCACAGCCACUUGUUCAUCUGAUGAAAAUGAUUCACCCUAACUUAUACAGGAUUGACAGAUUGACAGAUGAGGGUGCAAUACAUGUUAAUGACAGGGUUGUACCUCAGCCACCUCUUCAAAAAUUAUCCGCAGAGAAGCUGACAAGAGAAGGUGCUUUCCUUAUGGACUGUGGCUAUGUGUUUUAUAUUUGGAUUGGAAAAAGCUGCGACAAUAACUUCAUAGAGGAUGUGCUUGGAUAUCCUAAUUUUGCAUCAAUACCACAGAAAAUGACACAUCUUCCAGAGCUAGAUACACUUCCAUCUGAAAGAGCUAGAUCCUUUAUAACUUGGCUGAGAGACAGUAGACCAUUAAGCCCACUUCUUCACGUGGUAAAAGAUGAGAGUCCUGCCACCACGGAAUUUUUUCAGCAUUUGAUUGAAGACCGGACAGAAGCGGCAUUCUCUUACUAUGAAUUUUUGCUUCACAUUCAGCAGCAGAUUUGUAAGUGAAGUGGAAUAAAAUUGAAUAAGAAGAGAAAGAUCUAUAACUUAGGUAAAGCGUAAUCUGUCAGAGAAGCACAUAGGAAAUUUGAAAGGAGGGCAUUUGUUGUUAUCAAGACACAAUGCAUAGCACCCUGUCUGAGGCUUUGGCCAAAAGGUAAAGGGGAAGAAAGAACUUGACAGAUUUUCUUCAGCCUAAAUUAGUGGUAAUGAUGAUGCCUUUCACCAGGUGUGUUUUGAAUUGGUUUAUGCACAUUUCCAGUAGUGCAGCAGUGCAGUGCUCUGUUUAUUGCAAGCCGGCAAAUUUAUGUAGCUAUGUGGAAUGAUAGGUCAUGAUGUACAAUUAGAUAAAUUCUUUUUUCGUAUAAUAUGACAUUUCUGGACUUGAACUCUGAACAAAGAGAUGCCAAAAGGCAGCGGUACUGUGUUACUUGUUUUUAUGGAUUACUUUUUAACAAGGAAUGAUUCGUAUUCAUUAAAUGAAUUCAACAUUUUCCCUGUAAAAACAAUAGCGUUUCAGUACCUGAAUUAUAGAAUAUAUAUAUAUAUAUAUAAUGUACAUAAAUGUUACAUUUGUAAAGAAAAUGUAAAAAUGUAACUACAGAAUAUGAAUUGCUUAAACUGUGCUGCAUCGUUGGAUGACAACUUUUUGUCACAGAGAAUGAGGUUGACUCAUGCGUAUUAUGAAUUGAGUCAACAAAAGAAACACAAAACUCUUUGUAAUUCUGUUAAAUCUUUUACGUGGAUUUAUUUAUGAUCAGCCUACUAAUUAAAAAUAUUUUGCUUGACAAUAUGGGUUUGCUUUUUUUGUUGGGUUUGGUGGUAUAUUUUUUUUCCAGUAGGAUCUAUUGAAUUUACUGUUUGGGGAUAGGAAUGAGAUUGCAUUCAUUCUCAAUUACACAUUCGUUCUCAUAUACAAUCGCAUCGUGAUAUGUGUGAAUCAAUAUGUUUUCAUUAGUUUGUGGACAUUACCAAGCAUUAUUCUGUUUGAAUUCAAAAAACAAGUAGCAACUUUCAAAAUAAAGUUGAUAACUGAUUUACCUACGUAUAAUCCUAUAUAUUAGGUAAAGACAUGUAAUCCAUUUAUAUUAGGCUUUUUUUUCCUGCACACUGAGUUAUGAAUAAGAAAAUUUUCCUAAUGUAUGUGACUAACACAUUUAAUUGACUUUAAGAAUACCGUCUUGAAUUUUGAGAGUGGUUUUAUUCUGACCAUGGAAUCUCAUUUACUAAUAGCUUAUUUAUUACGAAAACUCUUGCUUUAUUCUGUACACUGUGUAAGUCCCGUCAGUGAACCGUGAAAGGAAAAAGGUCAUUGGAAUGUGGGGUGAGUGAUUCUCACUGGAUUUGUGCUUUGGAGGGUCUCUUUCCUUUAGAUAAAAAUAAAAGUAUUCUCACCUUCUCUGAUGGAAAUGAGACGUUAGGUGACUCACCCUAAAUGACAUUACUAGUUAGUAGCAGAGCUGAUACUAAAAGCCAAAUGUUCUCCCCGCCCACCACCUACUCCCUCUGCCACCCCCUUUUCAGGACUGUACUUGGCCCCGUCCAGUGCUGCCCCCAGCAAGGGAGAAUUGCAUUGAACGUUAGGAGAAGCUGCAGUCCUUUAAGGACAGCUGAACACUGUAAUUUUACAAUGAAAAGUAUUUCUGCUUUUAGAAAGACAAAUAUCUUUUGUCUUUGGGUAUUUUCUCAUUCAUUCAGUAAAUAUUUAUAAGCACUUAAUAUUUGCCAGAUAUUGCUCUAGGCACAAAACAGACAAAAUCCUUGCUUUAGUGGAGCUUAUACUCUAGAGUGAGGGUAUGGAGUGCUGGGGAGAGACAAUAAAUUUAUAUUAAUAUGUCAGGUAUGAUGAAAAAGAAAAAAAUUAAGCUGGGCAAGGGAAAAGAUUGCUGCUUUUCGUAGGAGCCAGCAAAGGCCUUUCUGAAAAGGUGACAGUUGAGCAGAGACCGGAAGCCUGGUGAAUAUCUGAAAGAAGAACCAGUCGUCCAAGCAGGGCAACUUUAUGGUGGGUGAUUGUAGACAUUAUUUUCUAAUUGCUCUUUGAAAGAAAUAGUGGGAUUAUCAGCUAAGUAAGGGGAAGGAGUGUUAGAGGUUUCAUGAAAUAGUCUAGAAGAAUGAGAUACUGAACUGACUAGUGGCAUGUAGUAGGAUUGGCAGACAGCACUAGGGGCCUGUCUUUGGAUAUGAGUCACGAACUUAAAGUAAAACUAGUUAGCAGAGCUGUACCUUUUCCCCCUAGCCACAUCCAGCUGCUUGGUGGACAGUUGGAUUUAACCAGGAUUGAGGUUUUGCCAGGUGGUACAAAGGAUAGAGGAAAAAGGGAAUUGAGGGUGUAUAUAAAGAAGUAACUGUAAUUUAAGUUAAAGGGACGCAGAUGGGUGAUGGAUAGAGAAAAGGUGGUAGAGUUAGUAGUUUUGGAGAUCCUAUUGAGGUAAAAACCAUUAGUAUGGAUACCAGUAGUGAGCUGGAAAGAUAAGAACUGGUGGACAGGAGAUGGAAUGCUUGAAAUUGAGAUUUGAGGGAAGUUCAGAUUAUUGGUAAUGACAAGAUCUAGCAGGUGACCGUGGGAGUAGGUGUUUGAAGUGGUGUUAAAGAUAACUGGAGGUGAGCAGGUCAAAACUUAGAGCCCAGGGUUUUCGAUGGAUCGUCUAUUUGAUUGAGAUCACCAUAAAAAAUGACAGGAGUGGUAGUGGAGAGAUGGGGACUGAGAAUGACUGCAGUAAGGAAGGAAGCAGGGGGUAUACUGGGGUCUGAUGGCAUGAGCUCAAAGGACCUAGGGUAGGAAAGAAGAAAGCAGCAGCUUGAUGUUACAAAUGAGGAGCAGAGGAAUACCUACCCCACCUCUAGAGCCAGAAUAUGCGAAUUUUGGGAUCAAAAAUAUCCACCCCUUGAAAGGUUUGCAAGGGAGGCAGUAUCCUCAGAAGACAGCUAGGUUUCUGUUAGCGUAUGCAGUGACUGACAUAAACAGGGAUAUAGGCAUGAUGAGAUUAAUCCUGAUGGGAGGUGGAUAAUCAAUUCCCAUCGCUUCCUUCGUGGGACAAGUCUUGGUCAUCCGUUUUGCGAAGCAGGGAGUUUGGAUGAGAGGGAGGGAGGGGCAUGCUUUCCAGGAGCUUUAUGAGCUUCCUUUUCAGUCCGCUGAAACUCAUUAAAGUCAGUAGUACUUAGUGUCGGGGGUGGAGAUGGGAUCAGAAUUUUCUGGGAGAGCUUUUUUGGAUAUACAUCUACACCCUCUCAGAUCUGAUAUUCACCACUCGGGUAAGGAGUUGAUCAGGAUAUAUAUUUUAAAAGAGUAUCCCAGAUGAUUUGAAUAACCUCCUACAACCCCCAUUGGAGCCGUUGUUUAAUAAACUCGUUGUCAUCGAGUCGAUUCUGACUCAUAGCGACCCUAUAGGACAGAGUAGAACUGCCCCAUAGGUUUCCAAGGCGCAGCUGGUGGAUUCGAACUGUUGACCUUUUGGGUAGCAGCAGAGCUUUUAACUGCUGUGCCACCAGGGCUCCCCAUUGUUUACUAGGAAUAUACAAUUUGACUUGCAGAAAUAUUAUUUACUUGCUACUUUUAAGGAAUGUACCUAUGGCACGAGUAAAAGUGCAUCCGUGGAAAGAGAAUUCUGUUUUUUAUGUAAGCAUUAAUGUCUAUAUGUGUGCUAAAGAUAGUUUGAUAGCUCUGUGUGGGUAUGACUCUGUAGACAACUACUGAGACUGUGAAUUGCACAUAUUAGCAAAGUGUUGUGUUAAAAAAACCAUGAGCCCUCCUAUUCAAAGUAACCUCUCACUAAAAUACUUUUGAAGAGGUAAAAAAGAUGAAAACUGAAAACAACCCUGCAGACAUUAUCUAGGUAGCAUUGCUAAUACCUGAAAGAGUUUAAGAAAAAAGCACUCAAGCUUUGGUACAUGAAACAGAGGAAACCUGAAAAAACUCAUCCUUUUUCUCUGCAUUCAAAGAGAGAAUCAGUAUAAACCAGAAAAAUGAGUAUCCUCAUUCUCUGUGUCUUAUAGUACCAAUUAGAAACAUCACUUAAUACAAAACAAGAGGACAGAAAGCAUAUGUAUAUAUUGCUUGAGCCAGGAAGGUAGCCAUGAUCAGGGAGCACAGAGGCUAUUAAUGCAUUGCCCUCUGAUGGGACACAAGCUGAUCCAAAAAUGAAAGCCCUUUCUUUAGUUCCCAUUAGUAAACAAUGCACAGCUCUGUAGAUUCAUAUUUUUUGAACCAGUAAGCAUUACUCAGGGUCGCUGUGAGUCGGAAUUGACUUGGUGGCACACAACAACAAGCAUUACUUAAUAAGAACCCACUAAAUGAGUUAUUGAAGAUCGCUAAAAUACGCACGAAUGAAAAUCAGUGUUUCUGUAGAGUUUGUUUGGGACUCUACUGGGAAACCUGAUUCUCACAUUCAGAUCAUCUGUCGGACAACUGGCAGAAACUAUCCUACAGUCAAUACUGAGACAUUUUCUUAUGAGUCUUUCAUCAUUGUUGGGAGAUGUUCAUGGUUUUUACUGCUAUUUUUGCUUUCAUGUACAUGCUUUUUUAGCGUAAUACUAAAUUGUAGGUUAUUUGAUUUGUGUGUAGUGAUAUGUAUUUAUACGCAUAUAUUUGUACUAUAUUUUUCUAGUUUUCUAGGAAAUAGAUUUUGAAAUAUUUUUGGUAGAAGUAAAAUGAUUAUAUCUUCAUUGCUAAAACAAAUAUGCAUAAUCUACCCCUUUACAUUGCUUGUAACACUUUAAUGAUAUAGCUAGUAAAUAUGUACUAAUUUAAAUAACUUGUAAAUGCAGUUAAGGUAAGUGCAGUGUAAUUACUGGAUUCCUUUAAAGUUAAUAAGCUAUGGUUUUAUAAUAUAAAUUCAUGUGUUAAAUAAAGCUCAUUCUUCUCUAAAAAUAAAUAAUAAACAAUUUCUGUAUGUUCCCGUCAAUUCUUUAUUAUUGAGUUAUUUUCAGACAGAAAUCAGUGAAUUGGCUACAAAGCAUUGAAAACCACUAAAAAAAAAUUGAUGAGCAAAGUUAAAAAGUCCAUAAAUAGACUGAGUUUAUUGUAUGAUAAAGGUAGCAUCUUAUAUUAGUGGGGAAAGCGUGGGUAUUUCAUAGUGUUGGAACUUGUAAACCAGUUGGAAAAAAACAUUAAGAAAGAUCCCUUUCUCAUAUCAUACAACUAAAUAAAUUCCAGAUGCAUUAAAGAUUUAAAAGUUAAGAAGAGAGGAAGAGGUCAAAA